AUAUGGAUUCGAUUGUCAUUCCAGUGGACAAAGCAACUGUUCACCUCGAUAAAUCACUCAAGGUUUUGGGACUUCACACUGAAGCUAGAACAUCAUUCAUAAGGUGCGCAACUAUGCGCUACCUUGGGCUCUACUCGCUACUAUCUAUCCUUAAGCACGAAUACAUGCGGCCAUUGCCCUCCGACUUGUUCCUCAAGCGGCAUACGAACGCGCCGCUUCUUUAUGCAUUUCUCCGCAGCCUGAUGUCAUGACUCGCGUAUGCAUGUUGUUCAAAGGUAUCUGUAAGGAGCGCCUAGCAAAUUGGGCUAAUGCAUAAAUACAAGCAGAGAAAGACGUUGCUUGGUGAGUAAAUGUAGUUGGAGUCGAUCCUGUAAGAGCUGGUGAUGUGACUUUGUUCAGGCUGUUAGAAUGGGGCGGGAUAGAGGUUCUCAUUCGAUAUUCUAUCAGUUCACUCGAUUUGUGUUAAGGUAUUAUCGCGUGUUGUCUUGAUUAGUUUUGCAUCUGACAGUUGUGAGGAGAACGUGAGCUCGACGGUGUCCGCGAAAUAGAUGC